AUGCGCAGAGAAGAAAAGGGAAAAAAACAAGAAGCAAUUAGAAAAAAAAAAGGAAAAAGGAAAAAGGAGGAAAAAGAAGGAAAAAAAAAAAUAUAUUGCAACAGUGCAGUCCACAUGCAUACUUCCAUGGAGGCCGCCAAUGCGGCCGAGGUGGCAGAGCUGCGCCUUGAUCAGCUUGCCAGUGAGCAUGUAGACAUCAAACGCUGGAUUAACACCACACUCCAGGGACUGCUAUGUGCAGAGGGAAAAACGGCGGAGAGCGAAGCAGAUGUGGAGGCUUGUGUCACGAAGCUUUUUAAUCGAUUACAAAGCCAUUUGCAGGAGGUGUCUGGCUCAGUGGAGGACACCAUCGCCCAGGCGCUCGUACGUCUACCGCGAACUGGACUGGAAAUUGGACGAAUGGCCACGGAAGCGCAACAACUACAGUCGCAGAUGCAGAGCAUACAAGAAGUGGCACAGUCAGCAGUGGAGGCGGCCGCAAAGCCCUACUUCUCGCAGCUGAAUGCAUUCAAAAAAACACAAGAGAAGCUGACUCGAUGCUCCGACACACUUCGAAAAGCCUCACAGGUGGACAGUAGCAUGAAACAGCUUGAUGAACUCAUGCAACAGCUGCGCAUAUCCCCAUCAGAUGUGGACAUGGAUGCGGUAGCAGGGGCUAUCGGUGAAGUUCGGUGCAAUUUGGCGGAGCUGCGGAAGUUGGAAGUGACAUUUGGGGAAAAGCAGCUUGAGGCGGUGGAAAGGUAUGAGCCGAUUGUUCAGCAUGCUGUUGAGGUGGAAUGUAUGGAUGUGCUGCGACGGCGCGAGGUCGACCGCGCGGUUCAACUUCUCAAAGUACUUGACACAAUUGGUCGUGCGGAAGCGGUUCUUCAGCAGUAUUCCGUGGAGAGCAUGGCAAAUGAGAAGGAACGCGUGGAGCGAAUGUUAAUUGGAAGCACUGCUGGGGCCACCAUCUCCCCUGCCCGCGCUGCGGAAUUGCUGAAGAGUCAGUUGAUGCCGUCCAUCGGGUAUGCGAUUUCGGACCAGUUAGAUUACCUUUUGCGCAUGGUCCAGCUCGAGGGUGGUGCAAACGCGGAUACCUUGCCAAUGGAAAAGAAUGCUGCAAAGCCGCAUGAUGCAGAAGCACUUACUGUGAAAUUGAUGCGGUUUAUGGUGGACGAGGUGACUGGAAGCAUCGCGUACGCGUUGGGGCCGAUCUUGGAACGUGUGGAACGAAAUGAAGAAUUGAUUGCCUGCUAUGACGCGGUACGGCAGCUGAAGUUGGAAGAAGAAAUUGGUACUCACGUUCUCGGAGUUGGGCCCAUGGGCGGCGGUCAUAAUAAUGCGGCUGGCGGCGGCGACCCGUUGCGAGAGAAACUCGCAAGGCAGGUUACAACAUAUGCCUUUUCAGAGAUGGUCGGACUGUUUGGUAAGCCCAGUCUGCUGGAGGCGUUUGCGCAACGUGAGGCAUCUCUUGUUGCGAAUAUUAUUGUGGACGCUCCAAAGCAUACACUGCGGCGGGAGCAGUUUCAGGCGGUAAUGGAUGUAGUGAUCGAUGCCGUCAAACGCAUUGUGCGCUUUUUCCCAGAGAAGACACUCCCAAUGUGCAUUGGAAAAUGGCGUGAGGCCCUUCUCGAGAUGAUAUCCCGCCUACGGCCGACACCAAAGACGCCGCAGGGGAUUUUGCUUGGAAAUUUAUCGUCCGCUCGCACCGUGGUUUGGCAGCUUCUCCAAAACGCAGCGAAAGCGACCUCGGAGUAUCUAAAUUCGCCCGAGUUGCAGCGACUAUACCCGAGUUUGGCGGAUGCUGUCAACGACCAACUUCGCACCCAGCUUUGGGCACCGCUGACGGAAGCCCUCGACGACUGCACGGCAGAGUGCCAGCGAGCGGCGAAGCGCACAAUCAUUGAGCCUGUCGUCGCGAAGGCUAACGGGUACGACUCUCAGCCUUCGUGGGGUUCGAAACAAAAUGAAGAAGACGCUGCUUCGGGUAUGUCGCCGCCCGCCUCUUACACACCCGCCCAGAUUGCGCCAAGUGAGUUGGUUCGAGCACUUGGUGAGGCCAUUGUUGAAAUACCGCUGGCCCUGGAAGCGCUGCGCGGCGAUGGCGACGGCCGCCCUAACGGCAUCGAAGACCUUUUGGAGGAGGUGGCCGGGAAUUGGCUGGAAGACAUUGUGCGAACUGCCGUGGCGGAAUUUAUUGAAAACAAGGUGGGCAACAUCAUAAUUUGCUUCCCCAGCGGUGCGCCGGACGCGGCGAAAAAAGAGGCCGCCGCCGUUGAGCAAUUGACGACCGACCUGAAUUACCUGAAAAGUAUACUCUCAGCGGUGAGCGGCGACCCUUUCGAAGAAUUAGAACGGACAUUGGCAAAGCUGAAAGCAGUUGCGCUUCCGUCCGGAAAGCCCAUCACGAUUCGCCAUCUGCUUUCCGGAGGUGGCUGA